AUGACUGCCAACAGUGAAAGCAAUGAUAAACCAUUAACAACAAAUUUCAAUCCUACGGAUGAUGAAGACAUAACAUUUUUUUUUUUUUACGGUUUAGUUAAGCAAUUGGUUUUAAAACGUUAUGAUAUCGGAGAUGCUUGUGUAUUAUCAAGUUGGUUGAAAGCGUUAGAACAAAAUAAAAAUAAAACUGUUCGAAAUGAAUAUAUUAAACUUAUGAUGAUAGCGUUGCAAUAUACAGAACCAAUCUGUCCAUUUAAAGAUCCGCCUCCUGAGAUAAUUGAUCCAUUGGAAAAUGGAGUGAUUGAAAUGGCGAGGAAAUUCUUAAAGAAAGAAGGAACUGCUACGUGUAUUGGAGAUAAUGAAUACGAUAUCAAGGACACUAAUCCAACUGUUAGCACAGCAAUGUCUAAUGACAAAUGUCAAUAUGCUUCUUAUCAAGUUAUACCGAACGUAGGUGUUCAGUGUUAUUAUGCCUUUUCAGACGAACCAAUGUAUAAUUGGUCUUUAUCAUCACAAAUAACAAUCCCGAAAAGUGGUCCACAUGCCACGGACAUUGAAUGGGAAAGAGCAUUAGCAGGUAUUAAAUUUAUCAAACCGAGCACAGACAAUGUACAAGUUCCGAAAACUCGAAAAACUGCAACCGCUAAAGAUGAAGAAAACGAAGUCAUUUCAUCAGUUUCUGGCAGCAGGAUAUCUAAGAAAAAGUCAGAUAAAUUGAAAGAAAGUGGGGAAACUUCAGACAUUUGCAAUGUAAUGCACAUAAACCAACAAAACCGUAAUGUGACAGAAGUAUUCGAAUGGAAUGAUGCUAGUCUAUUGACUGGAGAGAUACGACUUGGUGCAGAAAUGUGUGCCGAUCGAAAAGUUGAUGCUCAAGUUAAAACACAAAUAGAACUUGACAAAGAAGCAUUUAAUGCUUAUGAUAAACUUUAUCCUGGCGAUUUUUUGAUAAAUGUAGAACAGUCGAUUAUUAACGAUAUAAUUCCAAUGAAAACAAACGUUGUUACGGAGGCUGGCGAUAAAAAAACUAUCAAAGAAGAAGAACAGCAGCAGCAACAGCCGCCGGCACUAAAUGACGGCGGUGGCUGCGGUGGCGCGAAGACAAAGCAACGCGAGUGCCCGCGGCCGAAAUUGUGCACGUUGCGGCAGAGCGCCGGCCACGGGAACGUCGAAUCGCCGUUCGAAAAACGCCAGACCGUUGUCGUCGACAAGUCGCUACAGCGGAUUUCCGAGCUGAAGCGCAAACUGGCCGCGCUGAAAGCCCCCGACGGCCGCACCGGCAACUACGGCGACAGCCGCGACGACACGACAGCCGGUCCGCCGGCGAGAUGUCCGAUCCCGGCCGACGACUACCGUGCCACGUUGUCCGGACGUCGUGUUCGGGGCGGCGACGACGACGACUGCAGCGGCGUCGGCGGUGGCACGGCGAGACCGGCGCGAUCGGCCGAAUCGCGGGCCGAACGGCACUCGGAUAGCGGGUUGCUGUUCAAGAGGUCGGAACUGCGGAGCAUGCUCGACUUCACCGGCAAGUGUUUCGAGAAUGCGAGCUCGAUGUUGCGGAACAGACGUACCAACCCAAAGUGCGUUAGCCUGGCGCAGCUGAGCGAGAGGUCCGCGAAGAGACGCAGCGGCGACGAAUCCGACGAACCGCCUUCGGACGCGUGA